AUGGAUCAAAAUCUACCAAGAAACUUGAAUUAUUCGAACAAACUUCGUAUUUUCAAUUUACGACAUAUUUCAAUAAUUGGCUUAGAUUGUAGUUGUAUCGAACAGUUGAUAUUUCAAUUUCAUCAUACAUUAGAAGAUUUGUCAAUAUUUGUGAAACAUGAUUCCAAUGGCAUGAUUGACAAAUGUUUUGAUGGUCAUCGUGUUGCUCGUCUCUGUCAAAAAUUGCCUCGUUUGCAAUCGCUUUCGUUUGCAUGUCGAUUACAACUCGUAGAGCGACCUAGUCAGGAAAUAUUUGAUGGUUUCAUUGAAGCUUUUCGUGAAUCAUACUGGAUAGAUGGUCCUUUGGGUCUUAUACGAGUGUGUGUCAAUUAUCAUCAAGUAUUUCAACUGAUACAAAUCUAUUCUCUUCCGUAUAAAUUUUCGGAGAAUAUUGUUUAUUGUACCACUGAUUUAAUCGAUGUCAAAUUCAAUGUCAACGAACAAGAAAAUACAAUCAUACGAAGAAACGUGCCUAUGUCACUUGAACUACUCUGGUACGGAAUGAAAUGGCUCGGUGUAUCUUUUGUUGAAAAAGAAAAAGUACCUGUUGCAUUUUUUGACGCAAUUCAAUACCUGCCUGGCCGUAACAAAGUGUUGAUUUUAUCAAGUGAAAGAGGAAUAUUACCGGAUAAUAUUGAAAAUCGUUUACAACUUACUCACUUUUCGACACUACAAUUAAGAUAUUCGUUUGAUGUCAAUAGUAAUGAUGAUUUUCAAGAAUCUAUUCGUUGGCUUCGUCUCUUACCACAUGUAAAAUGCUUAUAUAUCAAUUCGAUUGAAUUAAAAUGUUGGUUGACUGAACGAUAUCGUUGUCAGUAUAUUGAUACAUUCUUACAAAAUCUUGAUCAAUUAUAUAUAGAUUGUUCGGAUAUUACUAACUUAAUGUUAAAUGAAGCACUGAUGAUACCUCUAUUUACUUCUCUAGUUAAAAGAUAUGAUUUUCCUAAAUUACAAUGUUUAUGCUUUUUUAUGUGUAAACACAUUUCAUCAUCAUGGAAUAAUAUUAACAAAUGGAUUGAUUUUAUCUUAACUCAUUUGAAUCAACACAAACUCAAAUAUCUUCGCUUUAAUUUUACUGAAAAGGAAAAUGAAAUCAUCAUCACUACCGAAUCUGCGUGUAUUAUUGACAUCCACCGAUUUGUAUCCGAGAAUCAAAUUUCAUUUUGGAUGGAAAGAAAAUACUGA